UCGAGUUUUACAGGUAUUUUGUUUAAUUUUUCCUGUUGUGACAGUACGGGAAGUAGCGUUGUGACCUGUGGACACUCAUGAAAAUGAGAUAGCUGGAACGAACGCUCUUUUUGCUCUGGAAUACCGAUGCACUGUUUUUGCAGAUAGCAGUAAUUAUCAGCGAUGAUAAAAAAAACAACAGCGUGAAAAAUCAUUGUUAAGCGACAACAUUUCCUCGCUCCUGGACUUGGUUGAUGAGUUACCUGAGCUGCCAUGGCCGUGGAGGAGAAACCUGCCUCAGGUGUGCGCUCUGCAAGAAUGAACGUAGUCCGACUCCUGAUCAACUUUGGGGUCAAUCCUGCAGCUCUGGCUUAUGCUAUGACCACCCUGGGAUCUGCCAUGAUAAACAAUAUAUUCAGCUUCUACUAUGUCAAACUCUUUCUCAACAAAUACAAGAUAUCAGAGGGAGCAUUCCACCAAUCACAAGUGGUGUACAUGGUGUGGAAUGCAGUCAAUGACCCUCUCUUCGGUUAUCUGCAAGAUAACUCUAGAGUGCCCUGUUGCUCUCAACGACAUCUCUCCAUCCUGUAUGGUGCUCCCCUCUACUCACUGGCUUUUCUUCUUGCCUGGUUCCCUUGGCGGUCCUACGCCCCCGGUGACUGGAUGAGCGGCUUACAUUUGACGGUGGCGCUGUGUGCUUUUGACGGCAUGUUGACUUUUGUGCUGCUGGCACAAUGUGCGUUGUUUGCAGAGAUUUCCAGCCACCAUCAGAGCCGACUAAGACUUGUGAAGUACAGCCAGGUGGCUUCUCUCAUUGGCUCCUCCAGUGUCCUCUUCUGUGGCAUGCUGUCCAGAAACAUGGAAGACUUUACGGCCUUCCAAGCCUUCACAGUUCUAAUCGCUAUCCUGAGCUGUGGCUGCAUGCUCUAUACGGGCUUCCACAGUGAGAGCCGCUUUGAUAGCAAAGAAUCUGAAUCAGACUCACUGGAGUGUGUUGACCAGACUUCCCAUCAGUCAGCAUUUUCCUUCUCCAUGUUGAGAACGUUGACGUGGCAAAUCCUGACCAACAAGGACUUUCAGCUAUUUGUGCUCAUGAACUUCUUCCAAGUUUUCAUGCUGGCUUUCUUUAAUAAUUUUACCAUGAUAUUUGCCGAGCACCUGAUUCCUCCAGAUGUGCUUCCAUCUCUGGCCCAGAGCAUCAUGUACGGAGCAGGAUUCAUCUGUCCACAGCUGUUAGUAUUGAGCUGUCAGAGUCUGCUGCAUGGUCUUGGCUACUACAGGGUCAUCCUCUUCACCUUCUACAUGGAGGCUGGAAUGGCAGCUAUCAUGCUAGUACUUGGUUCUCAGCACUACUACAUCCUGGCAUUCUUCCUCACCAUUAACAUGGUCAUUAUUCAAGCAGCCUUCAGUCUUUUCGGCUUGCCUUUGGCUGACAUCAUUGACACAGACCUGCACAAGUACAAGCGCAGUUCCCCUCUCUCCUCCAUGGUGUUUGGUACGAAUGCUCUGUUCACCAAGCCAGCUCAGUCUCUGGCCCCUAUGAUAGUGCUCAGUGUCCUCAACCAGUUUGGAUAUGAACAGCUGAAGGAAGCAGGGAAGGAUUCAAAUCCAAGCGCCUUGGAGAGCCUCCACCGUGUGAUGUUCUACUUGGUGUGUCUGGUGCCAAUGUGUGUGGCUGUUGUGCAAGUCCUGGCUUGGAGGCUGUUUUCCAUCCGCAACAGUCACACUGUUGACACAAAGUACACUGACAACUAGCUUCAGUAUUUUCAACAUUCAGAGGAAGCUGAUUGACGUUUCUUUAGCUGGGAUUUGGGAAAAGUCUUUAUUACUGACUGGGAGAUCAUGUUGAAAGUAGUGCGUAAAUGAGAGACCUCAGGUGCAUAAAUAUCAAAUUGUAACAAUGACUGUAAAUGUUUGACAUGGAGAGAGACAAUAAUGGGAAUAGAAAAAUAAUAAUCUAUGCAAAGGGGAGAGGCUUUUUCUUCCUCUAUGACUUCAGUUACCUCCAGUUUCUAUGCGAGUAAUGGCAUGAAAGUUUUGUAGAUUCCUUUAACUACUGUACACAAAAGGCUCACCAAUGAGCAUGUAAUUAGUACUUUAUGUACACCAGCUGUCUCAUGUUUGAACUCUUACUGUAUAGUUGGACCAAACACACCAGGGAUCACGAUACUGUAUGUCAGUCUGGGAGUCCACUACCUUGACAAAAUCCACUCUCACAGACUUUUCAGUUGCAUUAAAUGUGAGAUACUUUGUCCAGUCACUGACCUUUGCAGGUAAUUAGCAGGAACAUAUUGGAGGAUGACUCUUCUAUAAAAGACUGAUUCUAGACAGUGGAAGAAACUGUCCUAAAAUAAUCAACUGAAACAGAAGUGAUACAUGCUGACAGUGGAAAUUAAGAGCGGUUGUCUUCCAUUAAUGAUAUCAGUAAGAUCCAGUUAAAAGAAAUAUGCCUAUAUGGCAUACAGCAGUUAAAGGUCAUAGCUCUUAAAGCAAGACUGGUUAUGGAGAGGAACCUGUAGCCUGACUACUGACUACCUCCUACUUAGCACAUUUUGCCAUACCAUAUGGUAUAAGGACUUUACAAGAAUGUAACGAAUAUUUGUUUGGAUUUUUCAUCUAAAGGCUCUCACACUCCAAGGUUGAGUUUGGUUUUAUGAUUAAGGUCCCACACACACAGUACAUUAUACCUGAAAUCUGUAAUUGUUUUUUCAGACAGUAUAUCAUUCUGUUACAUCUGUAUGAUGGAGAAAAACUAAAAGCACUCUAGUUACCCAGCUUACACUCUAUAUUUAUAUCUAGGCCCGUUUCACAAAUGUGAUUUGCGAGCACUGUUAUCAUCAUCUUUACCGUAAACAUGGGCAAACUUAAACAGCUCUAGCUCCAGCCUUGGUCCAGAGAGCAGCCAAAGUUUGCCCAUCUUUACCGUAAACAUGGGCAAACUUAAACAGCUCUAGCUCCAGCCUUGGUCCAGAGAGCAGCCAUUCAGCUUGAUGCUCUGACAUGUAUUGCAUCUGUGUCUGUGAUGUUAGAGAAUAAAAAAGGAGAGGAAACAGAAAGGGAAGAAGUCACACCGCCUUUUAACAUAGUAUGCUUGAGUG